AUGGAAAAGGCAAAGCGUGAUUCUUUGUCUAUUGACAGAAUAUCCGAUUUGCCAAAGGACAUCUUGCAUAGAAUACUGUAUUUUCUCUCUCAAGAAGAUGUUGUCCGAACAUCUGUCUUGUGCAAAUCAUGGCGCUACGUUUGGUGCACUCGUCCCAAUCUUGAUUUUUCCGACAUCAACUUCAAAGGCAAAGAUUAUUCGCAUCACGAAUCGGUUUUGCUUCUUGACCAAAUGGGUCCCAUUACUCAAAGCUAUGCGCGUAAAGGAAAUUUGUCCCUUCUAGUCUUUCCGAUCAUACUCCUGGAAUUACCGAUAUGCCCUCGGUGGUGCAAUUUGGGCCAGAAUAUUCCCGAGAAUAUACCCUUUGUGCGUCUACGAGUACUUCGCCUCAGCAACGUCUCGGUCGAGAACGAGGUUUUCGAAAAGAUAAUCUCAAGCUGUCCUUUGCUUACAACUAUGUCGUUGGACGGGUGCAAGGGGUUGAAAACGAUCAAGCUGGAAAAGAAGAUUCACAAGCAUCUCAAGCACUUCACUUUUAUUAAUUUAAUGAAUCGCACAGCAGAAAAAUGCAACAUAGAAAUCGACAUCCCGACUCUUGAAACGAUCGAGAUUAUGGGCAGUAAGAUUAGGUGUAGCAUGCGUAAUUUGAGUAUUCUAAAGACUUUGUCUCUAGGCAGUGUCGAACAAUCUCCGCUAUACGUUGUACAGCGUGUUGUUGAGUCCGUUGAGGAUGUAGUUUCAAAAAAGGAAGUCAUUGUGGUGUCAAGCGUCGUAAGCAUUCCUUCUUUGAGCAUCGGUGUCAUCUUCAACCACCAUUGGAGCAAUUUGCCUCAAGAACCCUUAAAGGUUCAUGGCUGUCAAGUAGAACAUCGUAUUUUGUUGCCAGCUUUUGAAUUCGACACCGGUGAAUUUUUUCGGACUCUCACCAUGAGUAGGGGCAGAAGUGUGGAUCAAAAGAUCCAUGGGAAUUUCAGCGCAAAGGUCAGGAGGGAGCGCAACAGCGGCAUCAACGACUUCAGCGUUUUUGUUUUCCAUUUUGAAAGAUACAGAAUAUUGUCUUACGAUUGUUAUUUGUGA